GCAUUGUGCAGCAUCGGGAGCAAGCCGUUCGAAGUUGUCAGAAGCUUCGACUCAUGCAGAUUGUCACUGCUUGGCGGUGUUCACGCGCGGCCCAAAGCGACGGCGCGCGGCAGAUUCAGGAUGGAGGAUGUUGCUGGAGUGGCCUGAUGGCUGUUUCACUGAAUUUGCGCAACCGAAGUUAG